AUGGUCGUGCCCACUGUGAUGAUUCAAACCUUCUCUUUCCUUUCUCAGUUCUCGCUCUGUGGAAUUUCGGAGUUGACGAUGGAACACGGUGGAUUGAGGAACGUGCACGACAUGGACUGUGUGACUAAGUUCUUAAGGCAUCACAUAAGCCACUGGGCGUCAUGCUUCCGGGCAUUCGGGAUGAACUCAGAACAAACAGGAAGCUAUUCCCCUUCAAUACCUCCAUUGGCAAUCAGAAAUGCGAGAAUCGACUCUAACAACUGCAAUACAGACGACGCAAUCAGCAGAAAGUUCUCCCGAAGCAGGAGAACCAACAAAGAGAGACGGGUAGAUAGGCGCACCAUUCCGACUCCAGAAAGGGUAUCAAACAAGAUUAGGACUAGUUUUGCAGAAAAAGAUUUCAUUGUGUUCUCCAUAAAAGAAGAUGGGACGUUCGAUAUAGCUAAAGAUGGCAGCUCACAAACGUCCGUUUGCCAGGAUGACCGCGGGCUCAGGAGCUUAAGAUCUGUAAGCAUUAAGCUCAAAUCGAGAGGUGAGCAAGAAGCAUCGGUCCAAGAAUGUAACGAAGAGACAUCAACUGGAGGUUCCCCAGUUCUCAUUCCUGAUGAUGAGGAUGACGAAGAAGAGAGCAUGUGCUUGGAAGAAGACAACCACUUUGGCUGCGCGGGAACGGGAUUUCGAAUGGAGGGAAAUGGAGAUUGCACUCGAGGAUCGACAGAAUCAAGACACUCUGGCCAGUCUGAUGGAAGCACCGACUCGUUUACGUUUCCCGUGCUUCAUGGGCAGUGGAUUGGUAGUCCAGUGAAAAUGCCAAGAUCUGAAGACCUCUCUUUGAGGAAGCCAACAGCAAGUUGUCUUCGUUUUAAGUGCUGUAAAUUCUGA